AUGACGACGGUUGUGUAUCUUUGCGCUGUGGAAAAUCAUCAGACCCGUGUGUGGUCAGAGUCGGGACAGCGGCUGCGAUGCCAGUUUCCUAAGAAACCAUGGUUUCUGGAGCUUGUUCAAGAGCACGAUUUGGCAGAGUGGCUGUCGGUGCGCAACCGCAAUGAUUCGGUAAAGUUUGCUUUGCACGGCAUCAUGAGCAUAUGUCCCGGCAUUUCGGCAGACGACUUGCUGUCGGAGUAUCCGAAAAGAUCCGAACUAGGGGUGUGGAGAUCCUUCUGGACAGCCCAAGGCAGCUUGUACACGGUCUUGGUGAAGGAGUGCUUGGUUUUCCAAGAACCCCAAGAGGUACACACAUACCUUGAUGUGCGUCAUGCAGAGCCUAGGCCCCUGCGAGGUCGGCCGAAUGCAUUGUCCCCUUUCCUUCCAUCCAAUUGCAAGCCAGAGCGCAUGCUCAAUGUGCCGGGGGUGUUGUGGCAGUGCGAUUCAUCAAGUCGCAUAGGAAACAUGACUGUGCAGGAUGCAUUGCAGCGCUGGGGGUUGGAGCUAACAGAAGCAUCUGUAGCCGUGCCAGUUGUGCAACCAGUCGCAGGGUUGAUCGUAAGAGGUGCUUGGAGUUCCGUUGGUUUGUUAGGGCAUUGGACGCUUCCACAAGAACUUUUCGAAACUGCGGAUUUCCCUCCAGAUGAGCUCAAGGAAAAACUUUUUCGACAGGAGCCGCACUGGUCAACCACCUUGUCGCACCAGCAAGUGUCGUUGCUGGCAGAUCGUGUCAGAUCUUGGGCCCCUGUGCUGUUGACAAACUCGAAUGAGGAGGCAGCUGGCCUCAUGCAGCUAGAGCUUGCAGACAUGAUUCAAUGGUUUGAAACCCUGCAGCGAAAUCUUGAGCAUCAGCCUCGCCCAUCCCACUACCCCAGUCACGUGAUGAUUGCUGCUGUGUUUUUGGCUUUCCUUUUGGGGUCACGAACACACAUGGCUGAGGCCAUUCCACUUGCAUUGAAGCUUGCUUUGCCUGGACUUGAUUUCGACGAUUUGGCCAAGCAUGUCAAGUGCCCCAAAACCACCACAUUAGCACGUGCAUCCACAUACAUGGACUUUGCAUACCUCAUGUUGUGCAGGGAACGUUGGAAGCAAACUCCACACCUGCUUUUCGCCUGGGCUGAUUCCUCCCCGCAAAGUGGGAGAGAGUGGUUCAUGAGUAUGGAGGCCUGCAUUCCCGAAUCCUCCCUUAUUGAGACCUUCCAGGUUGUGAAUAAGCUAAUCAGGGCGAGACCCGACUUGCAGGACCAUUUUGAAUCCCGAGAGUUGGAUCUCGAUGAGCUUCUGCACUGCAGCCGCACAUUGCAGGCAAAUCUCUUGCAUCACAAGAACAUACCUGUAGCAAUGGCCAGUGGUAAGACCAGAUUGGAAGACAAAGUUUCUUGCUUGCUUCACGUGUUGGCCCUUGAAAGCGACAGCCGUGCCUUCUUGACUCAGCAGCUGAGUCGUGUCGUGAGUUGGACCACUGACUUAGGCCUAGAGGUCCAAGUUCCGCAGUUUCAAGCAAAGGAUCCCGAAACUCUUGUACCAACUUGGCUGCACGCAAGCCUUCCGGUAGAGACCGAUGUGCAGGACAUCCCAUCUGAUUCAGAGGUUUCGUUGCAUGAUGGCGAUGGGCAGAAUCUUGCUGCUGCAGAGCAGCCGAGGCUCGACACAUCGUUGAUGCCAAGUUGCCUAAUUGUGCCGGGUCUGUUGCAUGUGUGUCAUAACUUGGCUGCGGAUCUCCAUGAGAAGAUGCAGCUUUGGGAGCCGUUCUGGGAACAGUUGAAGGAUGUGGCUGAACUGUUAGCGGAACGCCACCUUAGGGAGCGCCUCAUCAAUCAAUGUGUCCGUGGAUCAGCAGCAGCCCACCUGGAGCCAGACUUCCAACAAGCAGGUAUGUCGAAACUCUAUGAGAAACGCUGGCAGAAUGUAAUCAGCUGCUUGGAUUGUCUGAUGCCGCUUCUCGAGCCGUUGCGACAGGUGUGGAACUAUGAUACAUAUGUGUCCGACUCAGGCAUUGACAGAUCUGUUCUGCAAGGGGUGGACAAGGCUUUGGGAAGUCCCAUGUUCUUCCACUAUCUUCACAUGGUGUGGGCCGUCCACAAGCUUGUGUUCAAUUUCGAGUGUUGGGUCGAAGGGUGUCCUUGCCAUCAUGAAGUCAGGGAAUUCAGCAAAAAGCGGAAAUUCCGUCUGCACAGGCGCAAACCAGGUUCGGAUGUCUCCGUUAAGCAUUGUCCUAUGAAGGGCAAACGAAGUUGUGAGUUGGCCGUAGGUUGUAUCAACUCCACAUUCGAAGAACUCACCGAGUUGGCACAUUCGAGUUUCAUGGGUAUCGAUGUUUCAGGGUUGCCUGCUCUGACAGAAGAUCACAGAAAUGCGAUCUUGCGUGACUUCGAGUAUGCCAGAGCAUACCUCCAGUUCGGCUUGAAGUCGAAACUUGCGUUCUGGGAGACUGUGCCGUGGCGUCUUUGCGGUUUGGGUCAUCAUUUUGACUCGGUCGCUCGAAACUGUGCCGCCGAAUGCUUGGCAGAAUUCGAUAAGUCAUUGGAGGCAGGUCGGGUUAAAGCAGAGCAUCACCACCCACUUAGUGUGAAAUUCCUGUCCCCCGGUGGGCCGCUGCGGCAAUCUGUCGAAGCCUUCUCUCAGGGGAGCCCAAUGUCCCCUGAUUUGUUGCAGGCUGUGGCCCCCCUAAAAUUUGUGCCCUGUGUAGAGCGCGUGGUGGAAGGAUUGCACCGCGACGUCAAGAUAGCAUCAAAACAUGUUCAGCUUGGCCCCACGAAAGUGUCUAUGACCGUCAGGCUUCCCGAAAUCAAAAGGCAUGUUCAGGAAUCUCCUGAAUUCCUUAGCAGACUGACAGCUGCUUUUGAUCAGAUGCGCAACUUGAAGAAGGCAGCUGCAAUGCUUGGAGUGUUGCAGCACCCCGAGCUGCUACAGCUUCUUCAUGACAAGGUCGUUUCCACAACAGACUGGUGGAUUCGACUUCAAAAGAUCGUGCACCGCUGUGAUUUAUCUGAGCAAUUCGCCGAUUAUCGCGAGGCUAGGGUAGAGCACGACAAAAUCACAAAGAAAAUCCGGGAAGAAACUGCCCGUGUCCAUGAUGCACAGGCCUUGCCCACACCCCGGACGUAUGAUGCCAUCUUUAAGCGUGCAAUUGUUGAUCAUUUUCGAAAGAUGUCUGAUUCCAGCUGUUUCUUCUCGCUGCCUUCCGUGCAGCAGCUUCAGGCUGAUGCCAAUGGCGGUUGCUACGAGAUUCUUCCUUUGCAGACGGUGCAUGUCCGGGCCCAAGCACAGCUUGAAGCUCUCGGCAACAGUGCAGAUGUGGACGUGCUUGAACCCAACAUGAAUGCCACCGCUCCUGAUCAUAUGGUCUUUCGUGUGUUGCACGGUGCCCCUGAAAACCUGAAGCUUGCCCCAGGCAGUGUUGCUCUCAAACCAAUCUUUCCCAAAGGGUCUUCCGUCGUUACUGUGCAUGACAUCAUUCACGAUGAUGAGUCAAGCCCUGCAGUAAACAUGAGCGCUUUGGCAGCUCCCCAGCUGUUGAAAGAUUUGGAGCACUGUCCACUUUCCACGCUGCGUGAGCAUCUCCGUGUCUGGAAGGUGUCAGGAAAGGUUCAGUACACGUUGCCGUGCGUUGGGUUUCCAGGGCAUGAGGUGCUGUCUUGUGUGACUGCCAUUUUGGAUGCUAAAGCAUUGCCUGAUGAGCCGUAUGUCCAGCCACCAUUGUCUUCAGCACAGAUGUGUCGAGCACUUGCACAGAAUGGGCUUCUCCAGAUCUUGAAUCCUGCCCCGGGUCGGGAUUCUGCACUUGUGCGCUUUACACAGGAAGGUGUUCGCAGUUUGCGAGUUGUCACAGCUUUGGGCAAUCCCGCACCAGUUUGCAGCAUGAGCAGCCAACCUUCCAAGAAUUGGGAUGUGAUGGAGCUGAUGUUGGCUAUGGAGAAUGAUGGUUGGGUAUGGCAGCCCCUCCCGAAGAGUAAGUCAGCAAAACAAGCGUUGUGCUACAAGCCAGGCGAUGCCAAGGUCUGGUAUUCCUUGUCACACUUUGUCAAUAAGACUUACUUGCAGUGUCUGCUGAAAGCAGAGAACAUCUUUGCCGCUGGUGCUGUCGACAGAAUACCGCACUGGACAACAAGUCCCUCUGCAGUUUACACAGCCAUUCUUGCAGGAAAGCCAAUCCCCAUGCCAAGCACCGAACAGCAAGGGUUGUUGGAUGACGACGAUGUUGACAUUGGUGACCAUGCUGUGCAGGAUGAUGUGCAUCAGGGUCUUGAGCCCGCUCUUGCUGGUUUGGAGGUUCUUGAAGGUGCGGGCAGUGCCGAGGGUCGGGAUGAAGAGCACGAUGAAUUGGUGCAUGAGCUGGAGCGGUUGAUUGAUCAAGCCGAUAGCGAAGAUGAAGUUGUGGGGCAGGAUGCCAGGUCAGAGGACGACGGAGGCGGUAUUGGCUCUGUGCCGUUGGAUGAAGCUGAGACUUCAGAAGCAAUGCUUCCACCCCCACCUCCCCCCGCCGCCCCACCUCCCGGGUUGCCACGCAACAGGCCGGCUGAGGAAGACAAUGUCUCCGUGGAUUCGGAGCUCGAAAAACCCCCGGCCUGGGGGGUCUUCCGCAUCAACCUGAAGCAACCUGCUGCCGCAAGGGUUCACGGCGGGUAUGAAGCUCGUUGCCCAUUUCAUCGCAAGUCAGCCAAGACUGAUUGCAAGAAGUUCGUGUCGAUUCGCGGCAGCACUGCAGCCGACAAAGACAAUGCUCUUCGUGCCUUGAAAGCUUGGUGCAACUGUGCGGAAUCAUACAACCGCCAGAGGGAUCACAUCCAGCAUUUUGUUUCUCCCGAAACAGCGCCGUCCCAGGCAGUCUUGGAUGCAGGGCUCAUAACGCAAGCUCCCCCCGGCCGUCCUCGCACGGAUGAGGAGCUAGAUCGGGAGCGUGACGCAGCAGCCGCUGCUCUGCCUGCUCAUGAUGCUCAUGCUGAUGGUGGGGCUGUUGGUGUUGGGGGUGCUGCCGGUGCUGCCGUGUCAUCUGCAAAAGCCAAAGCCAGGGGUCGCGGGUCCGGUGCAGAAGCGGAGCAGGAUCCGCGCGGGGCCGCGGGAGAUCGAGUGCCAGAGUCGCCAGGCCAGGCCGCCGUCCGACGAAGCUGCGUCGGAUCCGCCGAGUUCUUCUUCCUCUUCGAGUUCCAGCUCGAGCAGCUCUUCAUGAGGCAUUGGGUCAUUCAGCUGAGAUUGAUGGUCAGGUCAGAUGAGAUAUGCUUUUAUUCGAUUGAUGCGGGUGGCUGGUGCAACAGCUACCCAGGCCACACGGGGCCUGAGGAGUCCGAGGCUGAAGAAUCCAGAGAGCCGAUUGAGACCCCCAAGAAGGAUAGAGGUAGCAAGCGACGGGCGGAGCCUAGCAGUGACAAGAAGUCAAAGGCCUCCACAACUCCCAAAGAUAAGCGUGGGCGAAGCAAGACAAGAUCGGGAAAGCCGGCAAAGAGAGACUCCCGUGGCACAGGGCGUCAUGAGAAGCGACAGACAAAAGAGAAGGGAAAGAAGCACUGCAAGUCCUGUGGUAAGUCGUUACCCUUGUCAAGCUUUGCCAUAAACCAGAGCAACUGCCUGGACUGCAAGAAAUGCUUGGACGUCUUGUCCAAGAAGUGCCGUGCGUGCGGAAAAAGCGCCUGGUUGGCAGAGGUGAAACAGUGUCCCAAGCGCCUCAAAGCCUUGAUCAACGCUUACCGGGCGGCUGUCGUGGAAGCAAAAUCAAAAGGACAGAAGACCGCGACCUUCAGCGUCAUUACAUACAUCGAAACAACCAAAGCCUCGUCAGCAGUUGAAUCCGUCGCAAGAGGCACCAUGAUGUGGCAGGACCAGGCGGUGGAACACUUUCAAACCCCAGCAGGAGGAUCUUUGUCGAAAGCCGCAGCAGAGGCGAAGUGGAAAUCCAUGUCUGAUUCAGCUGAAGCUGAUGGAACGAUCACGGAUACAUUGGGACCCAAGCAGGCUCCACUCAGGCUCAGGAUCCACAUUGGCGACGAUGUUAACUUCGUCAACAAGUACAGCCGCUCUAAGCCCCUCAGCUUCACAACGAGGCGUGUGGAGGCUGUGGGGGCCACAAAGAAGAAGGGCACAGAGGAGGAUGUGAGAAAACUUGGCAAGAAUCUCAUGCUCAGCCAUGAGAGUGUUGCCGGUGCCCGUGCCUUGUCAGAUGUGGCGAACGACCUUGCUGGUGGUCUUGGAAUGGAAGGUCACGCAGCGGCUCUGGGAGAUGUCGAAGCCCUUUGCCCGGCUUCAGAGCCGGAGGCAUCUGAUGACUCGGGGAGUGGCGACGACUCGGAAAAGUCUGCGGGCGAGGACAAGCCGGCAGGUCGAAAAUCGUGGUUCGACCGUGAUCGCGAGGUCAACAAGGCAGCCAAGAUUGCUAAGGGUAUCCUGGAGAGACUGUGCGAGCUAUCCAAAGGCGAGCUGCAGAAGAUGGUUGCCGCUAAGCGCGAGUAUGAUUCUCUCCGUGCAAAGGAUAAAAAGCAAUUGGAAGGAGAUCAUGCUAUCAUGCUCGGCAGGCAGAAAUGCCUGGAAGCAGUGCUUGAUGGUCCUAGUGCACUUGCCAACUACAUCAGCAGCUUCGAUGCAGCGGCUGAUGACAAAGGUUCCGUGAAAUCUGAGUCCGUCAAGGCUUUGGGCUCGGCUUCCCCAUCGCGAACCUUCCGCGACCUGCGGGCUUUCUCAGACUGGGAGAUUCAACUUGACAAGAUCAAUGAGUGUGAAUCCGUGGAGGCCAUUGAAGAGCAGAAGGCGAUCCUGCAGAAGGACUUCAAGAACCCAAUCGCUGACUUGGUCAGCGCCGCCAAAUCCGCUUUGUCUGACCUUCAGCGAGGCCUGAAAGUCGUCAAGAAAGCUGCUGCGGGUGCAGCUGCCAAGGCAGCAUCGGGAACAAGCAAAAAAAAGGCCACUGCAUCAGUGCACGGCCCAGCCAAGCUAUUCCAGGCUGCCGACCACAUGGCUUCUGUGUCAGUGAUAGCAGAGGGCGAGGAGUUGAGUGAUUUCGACAGCCCCGCAAUCAUCCGCUCAACUCCUGAGAAGUUAAGCGAGUUCGAAGCGAGCCAUCCAAUCAAGAAGGCCAUCAUGCAGGAGUUUGCGCAGUUGUUCAGUGCACAAGCAAGUGCACAGCGGGUGGACCGAGCACACAAAAGGUUUGCUGCAAACACAGACGUCUACCACGCCAUGGCAUCGAGGAUGGGUUCCUUGCUUCGUCAAGCCGGGCCGUGCUCUUCCCCAGAAAUCCCCCAAGAUGUCAAGGCCGCGAUGGACGUGCAAGCGGUCAUUGUUGCAAAGAAUGUCAUCAAGAUUGCCACGGAGAAGCAUCAGUCAGGUUGGGCACUUACUUGA